AUGGUCAACCCACGCAAAUAUGCCCGCAAGUCGAGAGAUGAAGAUGAGACACAUGAUCGGAUUCGAUUUCUUCUCAACACACAUGCCCCCAGGGAGGACUCACCGGUUCCAGUUUCCAACCCUUCGAGCCGUCCGUCUACUUCAAACAACUCAAGAAAACGGCGAGCAGUUUCACCACCGUCGCCGCCUCGAAGACAACAACCUACCGUUUCUCGGCCCAGAAGAAGCGCGAGGGCGUCCGCUGUUCGAGCCAAUCAAACGAUGCGGCGGGUAAUAAAUGGCAAUGAUUCUGACGAAGAAGAAGUUGACAAUUCGUCCACGCAAGCAACAACUUCCGGAUUGGCUCCCAACGAACCAAUAGUCAGGGAUGAUCAAGCGCAGAACAACACUCGUGAAAAAACUCCAGAAGAGGCAAUCGUUAAAGAAGAGUCGAAGGAAGCAGAGAAUACAUUCCCUGAAAGAAUCGUCAAAAUGGAGCCACAGAUUACACGAGAACGGGAGAAUGUCAACCCGGAGCAGAAAAACGUUUACCGGUUUGACCAGAUGGAAGCUAAAUUUGAAAAUAUCAACAUGGACGUGGCAACUCAUGAUAACUCGAAUCAUCAAAAAGAACAAGGAGAUGAAUAUUAUGAUGUGUUCGCUCCAGAAUUUGAGCAACCAGCUCAAGAAAUGGAUGAAGAACAGGAAUUCGGUUAUCAAAUUGCCGCAGCAGUGGCUCCCGUCCCAUCUCAAUCAAUGGCUUUCGAAACUGCUGUAACACCACCAACACAAUCUGCAGUGGACGACGCAGCUCCCACAUCAUCACAAGUCAUGGUUCCAGCUACAGUCGUUAAUCUCGAUGCUCCACUAACGCUUUCUAAAGCCGCUGAACUCCCUCAAACACAAGAACCUGUCGAGGCUGCUGCACAACAACCACAGCAGGAUCCAGAACUGGCACCAGUCACACCAACACCAGUGGUCCAAGUGGUCGUCACUCCAGUCGUUCGCUUGGAUCGGCCACAGCGCCCAGAAUAUUUGAACGCCGAGAGAGCAGCUCUUCUCCAACUCCCUGGCAGAUCCAACGACUUCCGCAAUUGGAAUGCGGAUGACGUGUUCGAAUGGUUGGGAAUGCUGCCAAAUCAAUCAGCGGCUUUUCAAGUCUUACGGAAGAGUCUCUUGGAGUUUGAUGGAUCGGGUGAUUUUCUCAAUCAGCUUCUAAGCGGUCCGGAGAGCGUUAAGAAUGCCUCCGAGAUGCUCAACGCUUCGAUCCUCCACUGCCACACAAUUCGACGCCAUGUUGCUGCUCUAGAAAACUGCCUACUCGAAGGAGAAUACACUAAGGCUAUAGAGGAGUACAACAAACAAAACAAUUGA